AUGGAACCAAUCAAUGAUGAAAAUGAAAAUGAUUACAAAGUUGUCAUUGUAGGAUGUGGACCAAAUGGAUCGGUGAUGGGAAAUUUGUUGGGUCUUUAUGGCAUUAAAACAUUGAUCAUUGAAUCCAGUGAUCAUCUCAACACAGUUCCACGUGCUGCCCAUCUUGACGACGAAGCCAUUCGUAUCCUCCAAUUUAUUGGAUUAGAUAAAAUUGUUUUAAAAAAUUCUUUUCCACUAGAUGUACAAUUUAAUAGAUAUAAUAGUAAGAAAACAUUUUUAAAUAUAAAGAAUACAGAGACUGAAUUUGGUCACCCUCGAUCAAUAUUUUGGUAUCAACCACAAUUUGAACAAAUACUUGCCGAUGGGUUAAAGAGAUACCAAGACAAUGUUGUCGAUGUAUGGCUUGGCCAUCAAGUCAACGACUACCAUUACGAAAAGUCAUCCAAAUCAAAUUUGAUCAACGUCACUGAAAAUGCCAACGGUCAAUCGAAAUCCAUCAAAUGUAAAUAUAUUAUUGGCGCCGACGGAGGAAACAGCUCGAUUCGCAAGUCGAUGGGAUCCAAGUUUUCGGGUGAGAGUGGGGCGAUGAGAUGGCUUGUCGUCGACGCUAUCCUCGAUGCCGACCAUCCGGAGAUGAACGGCAGUUUCCAGUUUGUGUGCGAUCCUGCCAGCCCGAUGCUGACGCUGCCCAUCCCCUGCGGCCACUUUAGAUGGGAGUUUGUGGUUGCCAACGACAAGACUGCCGAGCAACUAGAGUCUGUAGAGAAUGUGAGCGAGAUGGUCCGAAAGGCUGGAGCCGAUCCUACCAAGAUGACCGUCGUUCGCAAGGCUGCCUACACCUUUCAAAAUAGAAUAUCCGAUUACUGGUAUGACGGCAACUCUGUGUUUUUAAUUGGUGAUGCUGCUCAUUGUCUACCACCCUUUCUCGGAAUGGGUGUAUCGAGUGGUAUGAGAGAUAGCUUCAACUUGGCAUGGAAGAUUAAAUUGGCACUCUCCUCAAACUCUACUCGCACCCUCAACUCUAACCUAGUCUUGAAUCAGCGAUCGUUAUUCGAAUCGUACAUGACCGAGCGAAGACAAGAGGUAGAGUUGAUUGGUAAAAAGUCUACGAUCGUAGGUGAAAUGAUCAUGUCUACCAGUCUUUACAUCACAAUCAUGCGAGAUUUGCUCAUCUACAUGCUCCUACUCUUCCCAUUUGUCCAAACCAUCUUUGCCAACAAGGAGAUGAAGCCGAUUGUUCCCAUCGACUAUCACGGCUCACUCGUCGAUCGCCAACACCUUGUCGACAAGCAAAAACAACUAGACAACGUUCCACCUACAGGUAUCAAGAGAUUAGACGACAGUGGAAUUGUCCGACAAAUCAUAUUGACUUUGAUGAUCCUCCUACACACCAUCAAAUCUUUCUUUUCCUCCUCUUCCUCUUCCAAUGCCCACAAGAACAAGAUUGGAUUUAGAAUCCCACAACCAAAUGUUACAUCACAAGGAGCAACUGUCGACCUAUUAGAUAAUGUAUUGGGGUUAGGAUUUAGUUGUAUCAUUGUCAAUGCCGAUAAAGAUACCUACGAUCAAAUCGAUGUAGACUCUCCCAUUUGGAGUCUCCUCAAUACAACCUUUGUUAAUAUCAAUGAUGACUCUGAUGAAAAGGUAAUGAUGCAUCACUCCAAGCAAGAAAAGGUUAAAAGCUUUACCUUGUCGAAUCAAGAUCACAAGAAAUCAUUCCAUCAAUUCAUCUGCUCUGACAAUACCACCACCACCACCACUGAAACGACAGUGAUCAUUGUCAGACCAGACAAACAUGUCUAUGGUAUCUACAAAGGAGUCAAUGAUAUCUCUACCAUCACUCAUUCCUUACAAUCAACCUUUUGUAUAAAUUCAACUAAUAGAGAAAAUUAA